CAUAAGCGACAAUGGAUACUUGAAACAACUCAAAGGCCAUGUGGGACUUCCUAGAAGAUUGAUAUGUCCACGUUAUGUCGACCCUGAACUCAACUUUGACCGCUUUGGCCCGACGAGCCUACGGGUAUGUCUUAUCUUUGGGCGGUUGGAUCCGGACAGUCUCUGCCUUGGCCUUCAGAAGGGGUGCCUGCAACGAGCAGCAAAUGUCUCUCAUAGCGACAGAUACCAUCCGUCUCUUACAGGACGGCGACUGGGCUGGUUUGCGCGGCCGUUUUGCUCUGCCUUUGCGACUACUCCUGACCGAGACCGCGCUGAGGAAAGGAUGGCAGGUGAUCACUGCCACGACCGGUCCGAUCGAGCGGGUUGGGCGACCCUCCAUCAAAACAACAAUGUUCUUGCCCACUGCCAAGAUUCCGGUGUACUUUGCCCGAGCUAACUUGGCCGUGGUCCUUCGGAUGUGGCCCUCAGGCCGGCUCCUUGGCCUCCAGGUCAGCCCACUCCUGGCAGCGGGCUUCGGGGUCGCCUGGCAAUGUCCUCCAUAUACAGAGGAUGGGUAUGCAAGAGAGACAGACAUUGAGCUAGGGUCGAAGUUGGAAGUCCCGGGGAUAUUUUGCCUACCGAAGCACACUGGUCCCCAUGCUUGUGUCGUCUUUUUGGCAGGCUCAGGACCCUGUGACCGAGACUCGAGCGUCGGCUCUCUGAAACCCUUCAAAGAUCUGGCGCUGGGUCUUGCGCAGAAAGGCAUUGCAUCCAUACGAUUCGACAAAGUCACGUUGAGACACGGCCAAAAGUUCAGGAACAGAUCGUCUUUCACAAUAGCCGACGAAUACUUCGACCAAGCCAAUGCUGCUCUCAACUAUGCGUCUCAACAUCCAGAGAUUGAAUCAGGCCGGAUCUUCUUACUCGGCCACAGUCUCGGUGCCACCGUUGUUCCACACCUGGCCCAAGUUGACAACCGAAUCCGCGGGAUCGUUCUUCUGGCACCACCCAGCGAGACCAUGUACAAAUCCUACGCCCGACAACUUCGGUACUUUGCUUCACUGGACAGUGAUUUAGUCGAAUCCACACAAGAGCUCAUUGCGGAGGCCGAGAAGAAAUCAGACGCCGCGGACAGACUCGGCCCAGAUUCAACUACCGCUCCUCGCGACCUCCCGUUCGGUCUGCCUGCCUGUUAUUGGAACAGUUGUCGUGAGCUUGACCCCAUCGGCACUUGCCAGGCAAUGGACAAGCCGAUCUUAUUGCUGCAAGGCUCUCGUGAUUAUCAAGUGACAGUGGAGGAUGAUUUCACGGUCUGGAAGAGGGAGCUUCGUUCCAAGCAAGACGUGGUGCUGAGCGUGCUUGAAGGCCUUGAUCAUUGCUUCGUUCGAGGAGAGGGUCUAUCGGUUCCCGCGGACUACGAUAACGCAGGAAACAUGGAUGCAACCGCUAUUGAAAACAUCAGAAAGUGGAUCGUGAGUACGUGUGGUGGUUCGCAAAGCGGUACAUAAAUUUGAGCUCUCUGCAUGCAUCACGUCAAGUGGUUCUCAGGCCGUGGA